CAAUGGCUACAACAAAGGUAAAAAAAUCAAAAAAAGUUGAAGAGGUUGAAUAGGUUUAAGAUGAGGGUGUGAUAAAAUCUACUCAUUAGGGACCUAAAAUUGAUUCCUCAAAUUGGCCAUUGUUAUUGAAGAAUUAUGAAAAGAUGAACAUAUUGACCUCACAUUAUACACCAAUUCCAAGUGGAUCAGUAAGAAUAGAAAAUAUAUAUAAUAGACUCCAUUAAAGAGACCAUUGAUUGAACAUUUAAAAUAUGGUGUAAUAAAUCUUGACAAACCAUCAAAUCCAUCAUCUCACGAAGUUGUAUCAUGGAUCAAAAGAAUAUUAAAAGUUGAUAAGACAGGUCAUUCAGGGACACUUGAUCCUAAGGUUACAGGAGCAUUAAUCGUAUGUCUAAAUAGAGCAACAAGACUUGUAAAGGCAUAGUAAUCUGCUGGUAAAGAGUACGUCGGAAUAAUAAGGUAAUAAUGAUUAUGAUAAUAUUAUAGAUUACAUGAUGCAAUAUCAUCAGCAGCUAAGUUAGAAAAGGCUAUUCAAGAUUUAACAGGAGCUGUAUUUUAAAAGCCACCUGCAAUAUCUGCAGUGAAAAGAGAAUUAAGAGUUAGAACAAUUUAUGAGAGUAAAUUGUUUGAGUAUGACCCUGAAAAGAGAUUGGGAAUAUUUUGGAUGAGUUGUGAAGCAGGAACAUACGUAAGAACUCUAUGUGUUCAUUUGGGUUUAUUAUUGGGAGUAGGAGGUCAUAUGGAAGAGUUAAGAAGAGUAAGAUCAGGAAUAUUGGAUGAGAAUAAAUAUAUGGUAACAAUGCAUGAUGUAUUGGAUGCCCAAUAUAGAUAUGAAAAAUUUAAGGAUGAAUCUUAUUUAAGACAUGUAGUCAUACCAUUAGAGGUUCUCUUAACAAAUUACAAGAGAGUUGUAGUAAAGGAUUCUACAGUUAAUGCUAUAUGUUAUGGUGCAAAAUUAAUGGUUCCAGGAGUAUUAAGAUUUGAUGAUAAGAUUGAUAUUGGUGAUGAAAUAGUCUUAAUUACAACAAAAGGAGAAGCAAUUGCAGUUGCUAUUGCGUAAUUUAAUAAAAUUUAUAAUAUUAGUUAAAUGACAACAGGUGAAAUGGCAUCUUGUGAUCAUGGAGUUGUUUGCAAAUCUAAGAGAGUAAUUAUGGAUAGAGAAACCUAUCCAAGAAAGUAUUAUAAAUAUUUUAUCCAUUUUAGAUGGGGUACUGGACCAAGAGCACUUAGAAAGAAGGCAUUAAUUAAAGAAGGAUUACUUGAUCCACAUGGAAAACCAAAUGCCAAUACUCCUUAAGAUUGGUAGUAAUUCUAUGUUUCUGAAGAAAAUAAUAAUAUUUUAAAGGAACAAUAAUAACCAGAGGUUUAAUAAGAAGAAGUUGAAGUACCUGAAGUUGUUGAAAAGCCAAAGAAAAAGAAAAAGUAAGUUGUUUAAGAAGAGGAAGAAUGAU